AUGAAUGAGAGUGAACGGUUUGAAAAACAUUUGAGAGCAGCCAAGAAGGAGCUGGGUGUAUCAUUUGAACUGAAGGAUCGACAAUGUGAGGCUUUGCAAGCCCUUUAUAAUGGCUUGCAACAGGAUACGGGAAAAGAUCAAGUACUGAGCUUAAGGAGGAGGGGGCUAAUGGCCUGCUUUCUUGAUAUUGAAGGGACUGGAGCCAGUACUUGCCCUAUUGAAACCCUGAUUGAUAAGAAAGAGAUAGGCAAAAUGCUAAGGGGUAGAACCAUGCAGAAACUAGUUUGUGCCAUAGCCGUUGAUGAAGUCCACAUGAUAUCAGAAUGGGGAAAAGAAUUCCGUAAAUCAUUUUCCAGGCUAGGACAACUAACUAGCAUGUUCCCUAAUAUACCACACUUAGCACUCACUGCUACAUCAACAUCAGCUGAUUUGAAGCUUCUAAGCAAAACAUUAGACUUUAGGGAAACCCAUUACAUUAUUGCAAACCCUGAUCGUCCUUACAUCUUCAUAGAAAUAAGGAGGAGGUUGCCCAAUAUAAAGAAAUUUGAAAAAUAUGAUGCUUUGCUUGGAGAAAUCAGUCCGGAGUUUGAAGACAAACUUCAAGAAUUCCCAGUCACAAUUGUUUAUUCUCCGGAAUAG